UAAAGGAGGGGGGGCUGCGCCUCUGGGGAGCCCCGGACAGGUCGGGGGGGUCACCAGGGGUGUGACCCCUCCCCUCCAGGUGCUCCCCCCCCCCUUCCGGGCAGGUGAGGGGGGGUCCCAAAAUUGCUCUGGACAGGGAGGGGGAAGGUUUGGGGUCCCUCAAUGAGGGGGGGCUGCACCCCUGGGGACCCCCGGGCAGGUUGGGGGGGUCCCCAAAGGUGUCCCCCCCCCAGGUGCCCCCCCCGUGUCUGUCCCAGGUGAGGGGGGGGUGUCCCCAAAUCGCCCUGGACGGGGGGGGGGAGAAGGUUUGGGGACCCCAAAUGCGGGGGGGCCGCACCUCUGAGACCCCCCAACCCGCCGGGGGGGUCCCCAGGGAUGUUUUCCCCCCCCCUCCAGGUGCCCCCCCCGUGUCCCCCCCCCCGCCCGGGCGGCUGAUCCCGAUCCCACGUGAGGCGCUGAUCCCGUAAGAGCCUUUGCCCGUCCCGUGGGGGAUUUGGGGGGGCCCGGGGGGGGAUUUGGGGCCGGGGGGGCUCAGCCAUGGCCGCCCCCCCGCCCCGCACGGUGCUGGUCACCGGCUGCUCCUCCGGCAUCGGCCUGGCCGUGGCCGUGCAGCUCGCCAGGGACCCCCAGAGACGGUACCAGGUGGUGGCCACCAUGCGGGACCUGUCCCGGAGGGGUCCCCUGGAGGCGGCGGCCGGGGAGACCCUCGGGGAGACCCUUCGGAUCCUGCGGCUCGACGUGACCAGCGACAGCUCCGUGGCCGAGUGCCUGGGGGGGGUCCCGGGGGGGCGCGUGGACGUGGUGGUGAACAACGCCGGGGUGGGGCUCGUGGGGCCCCUGGAGGCGGCGACGGGGCCGCAGAUCCAGCGGGUGUUCGACACCAACGUGUUCGGGGUCCUGCGGCUCAUCCAGGCGCUGCUGCCGCAGAUGAAGCAGCGCCGGAGCGGCCACAUCGUGGUGGUCAGCAGCGUCAUGGGGCUGCAGGGGGUGGCUUUCAACGACAUCUACUCGGCCUCCAAGUUCGCGGUGGAGGGGCUGUGUGAGAGCCUGGCCGUGCAGCUGCUGCGCUUCAACAUCUUGUGAGUGCGGGGGGACCCCGAAACCGCCCCCAAAACACCCCAAAACACCCCCGGGAC